AUGCUCCAUUGGUAUCACGUUCAAUUAGCAAGGCGGCCGUUGAUUACCCAGAGCAUUGGGAGCGCGAUCCUCUUUGGUGCUGGAGAUGUCCUUGCCCAGCAGCUGGUAGACAAGGUCGGCCUCGAGCACCACGACUAUGCCCGCACGGGAAGAAUGACCCUGUACGAGCGGUGCGAUCUUCGGCCCCGGCGCCACAACCUGGUACAAAUUCAUGGAGCGGAACAUUGUCCUGCGCAGUCCCAAGCUUACCCUCACAGCCCGCGUCUGUGGCGAUCAGCUCCUCUUCGCUCCAACACACAUGUUUCUCUUCCUCUCGUCCAUGUCCAUCAUGGAAGGCAACGAUCCGUUGGAGAAGUUGAGAACCAGCUACUGGUCCGGUUACAAAGCCAACCUGAUGAUCUGGCCGUGGGUGCAGGCGGUCAACUUCACCCUGGUCCCGCUGCAGCAUCGUGUGCUGGUGGUCAAUCUUGUUAG